CGCUUCUCCGCAUUUCAUCGGUUGAUCUUUUAGAAGCUCCUGGGCCGCAUGCUUUCUUCACCAUUCGAUCUUCUCCCCUUCAUUCUCUAUUUGUUGUCAUUUUCUAGGCAUUGGUCCACUACUCAACUGGUCUGAAUAUUCCAUACUUCCGCGAUGAUGAAAUUCCGACCUAGAUUAAGUCUAUUCACUGCCCUUCGAGCUGCUCCACUCACUCGACGCUUUGCGACAGAGGCGCGGUUAACUUCGGACCAUGUUCGCAUCGUCGAAGUAGGACCACGAGAUGGAUUGCAGAAUGAAAAAAAGACCAUACCACUCGAAACUAAGCUCCAGUUGAUUGAAAAGCUAGCAAAAACUGGCUUGACGACAAUUGAAGCGGGUUCUUUUGUGCCGGCGAAAUGGGUGCCUCAGAUGGCAAGCACUGCGGAAAUAUGUGAAAAAUUGCUCACAUCCCCCCCGCAAUCGCAACAUGCUAUUGCAUAUAACUACUUGGUCCCUAAUGUCAGGGGGCUUGAGAACCUUGUCAAGAUCAUGGACACGAGUGGGGUUCCUGCAGAAACAACUGGGUCAUCUAAAUCAUCUGCUACGUCAACCGAAAUUUCACUCUUCGCUGCGGCGACGGAGGCCUUCUCUAAAGCAAAUACCAACUGCACUAUUGCGGAGUCGUUGGAACGCAUUCGUCCCAUCGUCGAGUUGGCCAAAACGAAGAACAUUAGGGUUCGAGGAUACGUUUCCGUAGCCUUGGGAUGUCCGUAUGAAGGCCCCGAGGUCCCACCAUCGAAGGUAGCUGACAUCACGGCCACACUGCUCGAGAUGGGUGCCGAUGAAGUGUCGGUGGCCGACACGACUGGCAUGGGAACGGCCCCGCGUACUAUGGAGCUUUUGCAAGCGCUCAAGGCAGCAGGGAUAGCAAACAACGACCUUGCCCUCCAUUUCCAUGAUACAUAUGGACAGGCUCUCGUCAACACCGUCGUGGGACUAGAACAUGGCAUCCGGAUAUUUGACAGUAGUGUGGGCGGACUCGGGGGCUGUCCCUACUCUAAGGGGGCCACUGGCAACAUCUCGACAGAGGAUCUGAUUCACACUCUCCAUAGCCUUGGUAUGCACACGGGAAUCAACCUAGAGGAAAUGUCUAAGAUCGGCUCCUGGAUCAGUGGCGAGUUGGGCCGGUUCAACGAAAGUAGAGCCGGGAAAGCAAUCCUUGCAAGAAUUGAAGAGUGAGAGCGAGCCUAUGGUUGGGUGAAACUAAACUCAACCGUCGAUUGAAGCAUUUAUUAGACACUGCGGAACCUCAAGCCUAGUGACUCAAAUACAUUAAUGUGACGCCGCCAAACGCACAAGGCUAAUCCUGGGUAUAGUCUUUGAAAUAUAGCACGGAUGUAUAUGGAUCGCAUGUAUCGAACUAUAAUCAAUUUGUGUCAUUGGAAAUGAAUCAGCGCCAUAAAUA